CCCACAUGAUCAAGGAAGUGAUCUUGACACAGAAGGAGGCUCAGCACAAAGAGAUUGACAGAGAUCCCAGAGGUCGGAACCUCAGUGCCUGUGAGCAUUUCUGGAUCCAAGCUCUUCUGUGAGUGGGGGACAGAGCAGGCAGCAGACUCCAUGGAGGCCCCCUCAGCCCCUGCUCCAAGAAGACUUGUGUUGCAGCAGGAGCUCCUGCUGGCAGUCUCACUGUUAACUUUCUGGAUCCUGCCCCCCACUGCCCAACUCACUAUUGAAUCAAUGCCGCCCGAUGCUGCCGAAGGGGAGGAUGUGCUCCUCCUUGUGCACAGUCUGCCUGCGAACCUUCUAAGCUAUUCUUGGUACAAAGGGGAGAGUGUGGACAGCAACCAUCAAAUUGCAUCAUAUAUAAUACACUUAAAAAUAAUGAUCUCCGGGCCUGCAUACAGCUAUCAAGAAACUCUAUACCCCAAUGGAUCCCUGCUGUUCCAGAACGUCACCCUGAAGGAUACAGGAUACUACACUGUACAAGCCAUAAUGAAAGAUUUGCAGACUGAAGUAGCAACUGCACGGCUCUGUGUGUACCAGCCCGUGGGGAAGCCCUCCGUCCGAGCCAGCAACACCACCGUCACAGAGCAUAAGGACACCGUGGUCCUGUCCUGUCUCACAAAUGACACUGGGAUCUCCACCAGGUGGUUCUCCAAUGACUGGAGUCUCCUACUCACAGAGAGGAUGAAGCUGUCCCAGGACAACAGCACCCUCACCAUAGGGCCCAUCAGGAGGGAGGACGCUGGGGGUUAUCAGUGUGAGGUCUCCAACCCCAUCAGCUCCAGCAAAAGUGAGCCCCUCAGGCUGCAUGUGCAUUCAGAUGAAAACUACUCGGGCUACCCCGUGGGGACCAUCGCUGGCAUCGUCAUUGGGGUCCUCGUCGUGGCGGCGCUGGGGACCUCCCUGGGGUGCUUCCUGUGCCUCCGGAGGACUAGGAGGGCCAGUGACCCACGAGGCCGCAGAGAGCACCGACCCCCAGCAUCCACCCCUGGCCAGGGUCCUUCUGGAGCCUCCGCCUCCCCGGGUCCCCUCGACUCCCCCAGGACAGCCUGCCCCAUCUAUGAGGACUUGCUGAGCCCGAGCACAGACGUGUACUGCCAGAUCCACCCGAGAGCAAACGGGGCCCCUUAGUUCCCUGGGGACCUGCUCCUCCCACCCAGGGCUGUGGGGAGGAGACCUGAGACCCCCGACCCUGAGGCCUGUGGGGGGUCAGGAACUGGAGCCCGAGCCAGAGAACCAGCUCUGAGUCCUGGGGAUAUUCGGGGACCUGGGCCCAAGGUCGGGGUCCCUUCUGAUCACUGACAACCCUG